GCUCCCGGCCAAAGCUGAGCGGCGGGAGGAGCCCACGGCAGGCUGGGCUCUGCCUCCCCAGCGCGGGGGGGUUCGAUGGCUUUGGUGGCCUCGGUGACCUCGGGCUUGGUGGCCCCGGUGGCCCCGGUGGCCUGGGGCUUGGCCACCGGCACCUGCCUGCUCCUCCUCCUCCUCCUCCUCCUCCUGCUCUGCUCCUUCUUCCACAAGGCUAGCCGGAGGUUUUCCACCCGGGAGAGGAAGGCGAGUCCUGGGAUGGUCCAAGGGGUGGCUCUGGAUCCGAGCGCCGGGAUAGCAGCUCUGCAGGGGGGCACCUCUUCUCCUGCUGAGCUCCAGCAGCCCAUGGAUGGACCCCCCAUGCCAGAGGACCCUAAUAAACCCCUCGAGGGGGACCCCCAGCUGCAGACCCCCCCUUCCCACCUGCUCUCUGGACCAACCCAGAGGACCCCCGAGUUCCUACGGCACCGGCAGCUCCCGGUUCUUCCUGGGGAUCCUGGCACAGCCGUGGUGACCCCUGUGCCAGAGGCUGAGGGACGGAUCUACGAGAGCAUCCGCUGCAAACCUGGGAUGCUGAGAAAGCCCUGGGAGGAGAGAAGUGGCCAAGAGGAUUCCCCAUCCUUGUCCCCCAGGGAUGAGCCAAAUAUCCCCCAGCUGGAGGUCACCACCCUGGAGGAGCCGGGCAGGCAGGGGAACCCCGACCCCGUGUAUGCCCAGGUGGUGAAACCACCCCGGGUACCACAACCCCUUCAGCCCCAAGAAGCAUCCCAAGCAGAAAUACCUCCAUCCCUGCCAGGAAAAGCUCUUCCGUGUGGCACGGGAUGCCCUGGAGAUGUUGGGGAGGUGCCUGAAGGUGGCAAACUUGAUGGAGGGUUUUCCCAGCUGCGGGCAGGAGCGUGGGCAGGAAGAGGGAGCAGCUCUGGAGAGCUCCCUGCUCACUCCCAAACCCACAAGUGA